AUGGUGGCUGGCGUGGCUGCCAGCUACGGUUCGGUUGGCCGCUCGGAGACUGGAAGCUGUGCGGUGCAGCACCCGGUCAAGCUGGUUACCGUAUCCCGACCGUUCGGCAGUGUGGUUGGUGUUCACCCAACUUGGAAUGCGAAAGCGAGGUGA